UGGGGUUGCUUUGCUGUUGCUGUCGGGAUGUACAUUAGCUUUAAAUGCAAAUGCGGGCAGAAAUACAGAGAAUUUAGGAAUUGGCAAGCAAGACGACGUGGGUCAGACGAAGUUGAAUCUACAGAUAACGCCAAACCAGCUUCCAAUCCAAAGAAACAAAGCCGUCGGACCGAAGACAGUCUAGAGAUAAUUUCUGAAAGUGAUUAUGGAGACAGACGGCAUGUGUCAUAUACACCAAAGGAAUUCCUGGGAAUGUCCCACCAUGACUUAAAACAAGACAGACAUGUUGCAGAGAGAAAAAAGAUAAUUAAGAAGGUUACUCUAGAACCCAACAAAAACGAUCUUCAUAGUGGGAUACAGUACGCCAAAUCUGUAGUUAUUGGKGCUGGCGAYAGGGASARGGAUGAGAGAAAAUCGGCCGAAAAACGUUCAAUAAUCAAAGGCCAUGAUGUUAUGAAUCGAAGAUAUUCGCUUGUUGACGAGCURCAAUAUGCAAGGUCAAUUAUCAUGGACUCAGAUCAAGAUCGACAGCAUAACAGAAAAGCAAAAGAGAAUCGAAAGCUAAUCAGACGCAAGUCCAUGGAUCACACAGGUGGCCUCAAUGAGGAUCUGUUGCAGUAUGCUGCUCAUGUUCUUGUACAUGACAAACAUGAAAAACAACAUGAUCACCAGGCCUCUGAGAAAAGACGAGUCAUCAAAGAAGCGAUGGCUAACGAGAGAAGGGGGUCACUACUUGAUGACCUUCAGUUUGCCAAAUCCGUAAUUAACCCUGAUAGUCGCGUGAGAUACCUUGACAGAGAAGCCCUAGAACGACGUCAGAAAAUCAAAUCUACCCAUGAAUCAACGCAUCGUCGAAUGUCUCUCAAAGACGAUCUUCUUAUCGCCCAGGCCAUUAUCACACCCACAAGGGUAGACGAAGAAAAUCUCAAGGCAAGAGCAGAUGCAAAGAUCACCGUGGAUCCUUACGAUGAUUGGGUCUAAUUUGCUGUAAAUGUUA